ACCAAACAGCUGCUCGGCGCAUUUUUUACAGACGCCAGUUGUUUGUUGAUUGGUGCGGACGUAUUUUGCAUUUAACAUUCGAUCAUUAUGUCCGUAACAUUACAUACAGAUGUGGGUGACAUUAAAAUCGAACUUUUCUGUGAGGAUUGCCCAAAAGCAUGCCAUAAUUUUUUGGCGCUUUGCGCUAGCGAAUAUUACAAUGGCUGCGCUUUUAUACGCAAUAUAAAAGGUUUCAUAGUACAAACAGGUGAUCCUACAAAUACCGGUAAAAACGGAAAGUCUAUUUGGGGUACAAAAUUUGAAGAUGAAUUCAAAGAUACAUUGAAGCAUUCCGAUCGUGGCAUGGUUUCAAUGGCAAAUAAUGGUCCAAAUGCGAAUGCCAGCCAAUUCUUUAUAACUUAUGCAGCACAACCCAAUUUAGACCUCAAAUAUACACUUUUUGGCAGAGUAAUUGAUGGUUUCGACGCAUUAGAUGAAUUAGAAAAACUGCCUGUAAAUCCCAAAACAUAUCGACCGCAUAUUGAGAAAAAAAUCAACAGCGUUACAAUACAUGCAAAUCCCAUAGCUGGAUGAAGCCUGGCUAGGGAGGUUAGGUGAAUGCGUAGGCACUAAGGCAUCGAAUAACGGAAUUUGUCAUAACGGGCUUUCGAUGAUAUUUUUUGGUUAAGUUAACAUGAUUAACUAUUAAUUUGAGCUUUUGUAGGAACCUUUACGACUCGUGGAAAAUAAAGAAUAGAAAUAUAAUUUACCUGUAUUAAUAUUGUUUUAUGCUCAUCAAUAACAGAUUUAUUAUAAAUGUUUUAUUUCUGAAUGAAAAAUAAUUUCGAUACUCGAUGCCUUAGUAUACACAUUGUACAACUCCUGAGUACCUGAAACCCUUGCCCGUCUAUUUUAUUAAUUAAAAUUCAACAAUUAUAUUUAUUUUUGCUUUUUACAUGAACAUAUUUUACUUCUUUAAUCUGAUUGUCAAAAGUUUACACAUUUAAAACCACAUUACAUACAAACAUUUACUAUGAGACUUUAAAAAAAUACAAAGUUUUCGAGUUACAACGUAAAUUAGAACAGAAAAUUAACUUAAAAUGCGUUUACAUAAAUAUUUUCGAACAUAUAAGUUGACAUACAUUUUACUGAUACACCAUAACGAAUAUAAAAGCCAUUAUUAGAAAUAUUGUUAUAAGACCAAAGUAAAGUCUCAAAUUAUACUUGUGAUCCAGCGCGAUCAAUAACUGACGGAAUGACUCGGUUACCGACACCUUAGCCGGACGACGUCCGGUGAUUUCAUAACGCCUUGUAUGUUGCAUUGGUCGUGGUGAGGCAUAAUCCCUUCCUAUAUCGGUGUUACCAAGAGCGCUAGGUUUAUUUAAAACCACUGCAUCAGUUUUGAUACGUUCCAAGUUGCGCGCAAAACUGCUUAAAAAUGGUGUUUCGUAGUCUUGCUCUGCUUCCUCAUUAUCAUCACUUUGUUCAUUGUACAGAGGUGCAGCUUUCGAGGUGUAUAAACCACUACUUAGUGUGUUUGUGCUGUAACGUGAAUGUAGUGUAUUUGGUAUAUCUCUUUCUUUAUUUACUCCAUAUCCAAUGUUAGUUUGCAUCAAGUUGGAUUGCAUGCUAUAACGGCCGAUGUUCGCACUUAUUUGUGGCUUGUAAAUUUCGUGUGUUACAUUU